AUGCUUUAUAUUAAAAAACAGCAAACAUCUUCGUUAGCGGCGUCGAAGGAGUUAGUACCUCUCAAAGAGGUUCGUGUCGAUGCUCGUAUUCAUUCAUUUGCUGCUGAUGUCACGCUUACACAAGUAUUUCAAAACGAUGAAUCUAUACCGGUUGAAGCCGUCUACUGUUUUCCAGUCGAAGAAAAUGCAGCCAUCUAUGCAUUUGUUGCUCAUAUAGAUGAUGAACGUGAAAUAGUUGCUGAAUUGAAAGAAAAAAAAAUAGCACAACAAGAAUAUUCACAGGCUCUUGCACAUGGUCACGGUGCAUACUUGCUUGAACAAGACGAAGCUUCGAACGAUGUAUUUAUUGUUAGUGUAGGAGCAUUGAAGCCCAAUAGUAAAUGUCGUAUCACAAUCAGUUAUGUAAGUGAGCUUGAUCUAUUGCAUGGCAACAAAAAGCCAACCAUUCGCUUCGUUAUUCCCACUACGAUUGCACCACGUUACUCUCCAGCACAAAAAGGUAUUGCAUCACCUGGUGGAACUCAAGUACAGUAUGCUGAAUCAGUACCAUAUACAAUCGAAUUUCAAUGUCAUGUGGAUAAGUUAGGUCAGAAUAUCGCCGGUGUUUCCUCUCCAUCACAUCCUAUCAAAGUUGAUAUUAGCAAUCCGGAACUUUUUCUUAUUCGAUUUAGUCAAGAAGGAGUUCAACUGGAUCGUGAUAUUAUCGUCGAUAUUGAGUUAUCAGAAAUGAAAACAAAUACGAUUGCUGCUAGCGAAAAAGGUGCUUUGAUGAUUUCAUUCAUGCCAAAUGAACAGGAUUGUCAACAAAGCAUGGAUAGAGUAACCAAUGAGUUUCUCUUUGUGAUCGAUUGCAGUGGGUCGAUGGAAGGUGAUAACAAAAUUGGUUUAGCGCGCAAAGCUAUGAUACUUUUUCUGAAAAGUUUACCAGUCAACUGCCACUUUAAUAUUAUUCGUUUUGGAUCCACUUUCUCGUCUCUUUUCGAGAAGCAGGUCUCAGUUCAGUACAAUGAGAAAACUAUGCAUCAAGCAGAGUCUUUGAUUAAGAAUAUGUCAGCCGAUCUUGGUGGUACAGAGUUACUACAACCAUUCGAAUGGCUUAAAAAGAGCAAGCCACAGAAUGGUUGCAUAAGACAAAUUUUUCUACUUACUGAUGGAGAAGUAUCGAAUGUUGAUGAAAUAACGACACUUUGUAGUGAAAUGGCUGCAUAUACACGAAUUUUUUCAUUUGGUCUCGGUCAUUCGCCUAGUCGUGCCCUUGUUAAAGGUCUUGCUCGUGCAACUAAUGGUCAUUUUACCUUUAUUCCACCGAAUACAAGUGCCAAUAUUCAUGUAGCCGAACAACUUGCUCGUGCUCUUCGUUCCAAUCUUACGAAUGUAAGUGCUAAAUGGAAAACUAAUCAAAAGGUUCUUUACAGUGUAUCUGAACAUUUAUCAUCCGUAUUUGUUGGUGAUCGGCUGUUAUUUUAUGCAUUACUCGACGAAUCAAUACCAUUUGAUGAUGAAACAACUGUUGAACUGAUAUCUAAACAAUAUCAAGAACCACUUAGUGUAGUUUCUAUCGAACACGCAAUGUCAAACUGUAGUCCACAAACUAUUACACGUUUGGCGGCGAAAGCAGUACUUAGUCAAUUUCAACAUGUAUCUAAAAAUACACCCAAAGAACUUCUGGUUGAUCUCUCUAUUAAAUAUGGUAUUCUUUGUCCAUAUACAGCUUUCAUUGGUGUUGAAAGACGGCUUGAUGCUAACACUGAAAGCAACAUCGAUAUGGAACUACGUGAAAUAGCAAUCAUGCCCAGUCCCACAUAUCAAAGAUUGCUAUCAUCAUCACAAUCGUAUCGGUCAUCAUCUAUGUCUUCAGCAAGUUUCAGUUCUUUACAAAGUCAAGUUGAUGAUGUAACUAAUGUGAUGCGGGCCAACAUAAAUUUAGCGUUGAGUAGAGGUGAUACGCUUGGCACAUUGGAAUAUCAAGCGGACUCACUGUCGUGUAAUUCAUUGAAAUUUCACCAUAAUGCAUCACAACUUAAAAGAAAAUAUAGUAUGGGUCUUGGCUCUCUUUUUCAACCUGUCGUCAACUUUGCUUCGUCCUUUUUUGCUCAAAAAGAUGCCGUUCCUCAAAUGGCUACAACAUCGAUAACAGAUAAUCAAUCACAACAAGAUCGUGCUAUUAAUUGGCCAACUGAUGAACAGCAGUUAGUUGAACGUUUUAUUGAUCGACAACAAUAUGAUGGACUAUGGAUGUUAACAGAAAAUGAUGUCAAACAAUUGACAAGCAAAUCUCUAGUUGAUUUCUCGUCAUCAAUACUUGAUACAGUAGAAAAGAAAAAUCAACAACUGAUAAUUACUACAAUCUUGGCAAUUGUCAUAUUGGAGAUGCGAUGCGUCUCUAGUAAGACGCUUUGGCAAACUCUAUCAAACAAAGCUCAGAAGCGCUUACUAGAAAUGCUUAGUGGAGACCAGACAAAACUCGAGCAACUGCUGAAACAUAUUCGUGAUCAAUUAAUUUAA